AUGGAAAUUAGCGUUGAGAAAAUAAAGCCAUCUUCACCAACACCCCAUCACCUUCGAAUUUACAACAUUUCUCUGCUAGAUCAGAUGAUUCCUUUUGUCUACAUCCCCUUAGUUUUAUACUUUCGCGGCGCCGGCAGCAGCAACAACAACGAUGAUGACAAAAUACAACAUUUAAAGGAAUCACUUUCUCAAACUCUGGCCUCAUUCUAUCCCUUUGCUGGAGUUAUUAGAGAUGCCCUCUCUGUCGAUUGCAGCGAUCAAGGCCUUCCAUUCUACGUCACUAAGGUGAAAUCCCAAAUGAAAGAUUUUCUACAAAACCCUAAUUUUGAAUUCAUCAACAAGUUCUUCCCUCGUGAGUACAACCAAGAGAAACAGACAGGUCCCGGUGACAACGUAAUGCUGAUUCAGUUGAACUGUUUCGACUGCGGAGGCAUUGCCAUGUCUAUUACCUUUGCUCAUUUAAUUGCAGACAUAGCUUCAGUCUCCACAUUUCUCCGAUGUUGGGCUACCAAUGCACGGGGAUUAGGGCUUAGUUCUCAUGUUUCACCGUUACUUUGUACUGCACAAUCUUCCUUUCCACAGAAUCCCACACUCCCAAGCAACUUAAUCCCUUUCAACAAUUUUCUUAAAUACUCGAUAGGUGGGAAGUUUGUGACGAGAAGAUACGUAUUUGAUGCCUCUGCUCUGUCCUUUCUUAAGACCCAACUGAGUAGCUCGGCCGCAUCGCGUGUGAACGUGGUGACGGCCUUGGUAUGGAAAUGCUUCAUGGCAGCUGUGGUGGAAGAGACCUCCGGGAAGGAUGGGAAGCCCUUUUUGAUGACUCAAGCAGUCAACCUCCGGAAACGGGCUGCGCCCCAGUUUCCUGAUGAUAAUUUUGGUAAUAUGGUGUGGGUGCCAAAGAUUGUUUGCAGCAGCCCUGAAGAAAAGGGGUUGGAAGAUUUGGCGUGGGAGGUGAAAAGAGGGAUAGCAAAUAUCGAUGGUGAGUUUGUGAGACGUUUGGGGGAUGAUGGUUUGAAUGAAUAUUUGGAGGAGUUGAGGAAUGAGAUGCCUCAACAAGCUAAUUGGCUAUGUUUUAGUAGUUGGGUUAAUAUGGGUCUUUAUGAGGUUGACUUUGGGUGGGGGAAACCUGUGUGGCUGUCUAGCUAUUUUGUGCAACACUCGGAAACUGUGGUUAUCGGUAAUGUUGUGAUGUUGAUGGAUGGUAGAGACGGAGGAAUUGAAGCGUUGGCUGUUCUUGAUCAAAAAUACGUUGCAGGGUUUGAGAAAAAUGAUCUGAUUCGUAAUUAUGCUCGUGUAAACCCUAGUGUGACUUGA